UCUCACUAAAAUUACAACUUUUUAAAAUUCAAAACAUCCAAAAGGGAUAAGCCCCCUCUUUCUCUCUCUUCAACCCAGCGGCAGCCACCACAACCACCUUCUCCUCCUCCUAUUAACCGCCUCUUUUUAGGGUUCCGCUCUCCUCCUCCUCCUCCGCCGCCGAUCUGCUCUUUCUCUCUCCUCUCCCCGCCACCACAUUCUCCAAUCUUCUUCACUUCUCCUUCUCUGUGUUUGCAUAGUUGCUUCUUCAGUUCUUUCUUUAUUCAAUUAAUUCAAGAAAAAAGAAACCGAUUCCAAAUGCUCAAAUUCAGCGGUUUUCCGAGUUUCUCCAGAAAUGAUGUAUGGAGAUCUAAUGAAGUUCCCGAAGUGUUUUGAUUUUUUAGUUGCGGCAAGUUUUUGAGAGUUGGUGAAAUUGAAUUGGAUUGAGUCUGUGUUGGAAAACCCUAACUUUGUUGCGGGGGUUUGAAUUUGAAGAUAUGGUGAUUGAGGAGAAUUGUAAUGGGAAUGGUUUUGUUAAUGGUGAUAGAAAUAGGGUGAAUGGCUUUCUGCAUGGGUCUUCAAGUGGUAGUGGUGGCAGUAGUAGUGCUGGCAAUGGAAGCUCGCUUCGGACCUAUAAGCGUCGAAAGUGUUCGAUGCCUAAUUCAAGUUGCAAAGUAGUCGACUUAGAGAACAUGCCUUGUGCUACAUCUGCUCAGUUGGAUGAAAAGAUGGUAAAAGAAUUAGUGGACAUAGAUUUACAAAAAAAUUCUUCAGAGCAAGUCUGUGAUCCGAAGAUAAAUUGUCACUCUCUUGUGAAUGGUUCAAAUGAUUGUUCUUAUCAGCAUUGGAGAAAUGCUUUGGAAAACAUCUGUCAAUCACUCUGCCCUACUGAGGGUGUAGGUGGUGGUAUAGCAGACUGCAUAAGAGAGGCACUACUUAGUAGUGCUGGAAGUAGCCAUGCAAACGUGGCCAAGGAAACAGGUGCUCAUCAUGAUAGCCAUACUCAUAUUCUGAGAACUGAGUUAACUAAUGGAGCUUCAACUGAAGCUAAAGCAUUUUCAGCUUUAGUAUCUAAUGGAGCUCCAAGUGAAUCCGGACAUUCACCCGUGUCUAGGCAGUGUGAACGUGCUUUUUUCAGACUUGUGAUGUCAGGAAAGUUUGCUUCACUAUGCAAGAUGCUUACUGAAAAUUUCCAUGGGCUUAAAAUUGAAAAAGUUUUGGAUUUCAGCCUUAUUGAUUCAAGAAUAAAAGAGGGCGCAUAUGAACACACACCUAUGCUGUUCUCAUCAGAUAUCCAGCAGAUAUGGAAAAAGCUUCGGACAAUUGGCAAUGAGAUGGUUUCCCUUUCAAAUAAUAUGUCUGAGUUAUCAAGAGCCUCCUGUUAUGACCUGGGAGGAAGUGCAGUACCCGAUACCUCAAGUGACAAAAGACACGAGUUAUCUACCAGAGAUUUCGUUACGCGAAUCAAGCAAGAAGAACUAGAUGCUGCUGUGUUUUGCACAUGUAGACAGUGCGGGGAGAGGGCAGAUGGAAGAGACUGUCUUGUGUGUGAUUCAUGCGAAGGAAUGUUCCACGUUUCCUGCAUCAAACCCGCUGUGAAGGAAAUUCCAAACAAAAGUUGGUACUGUGCUAAUUGUGCCGCUAGUGGUAUUGCAUCUCCUCAUGAAGAUUGCGUCGUUUGUGAGAGAUUAAUUGCUUAUUCUGGUAUCAAUGAAGUUGAUGCUCUUCCAUUGACUGAAGAAGCACCGGAUAAUGCCGACGAAUGUUCGAAUGGUAUCAUAGGAACCGGACCUCAAGUGUUCAAAGGAAAUGAACAAUUGCCCUGUAAAAUAUGUAGGAGUAUACUAAAAACUGGUGAAGAGUUCCGUGUGUGUGAACAUAGUGGUUGUGCGUACAAAUACUAUCAUAUUAGGUGUUUGACAAACAAGGAGUUAAAAGCAUACGGUCCUCGUUGGUAUUGCCCUUCUUGUCUGUGUAGGGUUUGUCUUAUUGACAAAGAUGAUAAUGAUAUUGUGAUGUGUGAUGGAUGUGAUCAUGGAUUUCACAUCUAUUGUUUGAAUCCUCCACGCACAUCAGUUCCAAAGGGGCGAUGGUUUUGCCCAAAAUGUGAUGUAGGGGUAAAGGCAAUACUUAAAGUGGAAAAGUUUUAUGAGAAUUUUGGAAGGAAGUUACACAGGAAAGGUGAAUCAAAGAAGGUUUCUGGUGAUUCUUCCAAGAAAUCGAAGCAGGAAUUUGAAGAUGCAGCGGGUGGAUCUGGAGGUAUGGAUAUGCUUUUAUCAGCUGCUAGAACACUCAAUGAUGAAGAUUCUACUGUGGUGCAAGAGGGAUUGAGUUAAAUAAUAAUAAAAGAUUACAUUUUUUUUGUCCCUGUUGUAAUUUUAGGGCACUUCAAAGUAAAAAAGUGGGCGUCUUUUGUAUCAUUGCAGCGUUUUGGUGAGCCGUCUUCAUUAUUGUAGGAUUGAUUGACUGAAACUAUAUAUGCUGAUCUAAAGAUCUGGCAUUGGCCUUGCCUCAUGGGUUGUAUAUUUUUGACUGGUGACUUGUGGAAGAAGACUCGGUUUUUACUUUGCCAUUGAUGAAAUGAGACCGAGUGUGAGAUUAAUGUAGGUGAUCUAACUGUCAUUUUUGUAAUUUGUAUCACACCAUUUCAUGUAUUGAAACAUUUAGUCAAUAGUAUUUUUUUUUUUGACACCUAGCUAAUAGCUGUUGUAAGAAGAGAUUGUGAAACCUUUUUCUGUAAUCAAAGGGGUAACCUGUUCAUUUUUUACUGAUA